CCAGUGGAGCUUCUCCCCGCCGCUGUGGUUUGUUGGCUCCUCUGGAUCCGGCGGCUCUGAUCCAAGAUGGACACGGUUCGUCUCGUCGGGGACUAGAUAACUUCUGGAUGUUUCUUCGCUGCUCCGUGUGACCGCCAGCUGGAUGUAGCCGCUCUGGGUCCUUUCCACCCGGGACAACACAUCCUAGAAUGAACACUCACCCCGCGGAGCUUUCUUCCGUCAACUUUUUCCCAGUUUGAAAGAAAACACUUUUUUUCCCACGACCCGCCAUGUCGGGAGUGGUCCGCAGCCUGAGCCGCUGCCUGCUGCCGGCCGACGCCAGCCGGGAGCCGGGCGCCAGCAAGGAGAGGAGCCGGGACCGGGACGCGGCGCAGGAGCGGGAGGCGCGCCGCAGGAGCCGGGAGAUCGACGCGAUGCUCGCCCGGGAGAGGAGAGCCGUGCGGCGGCUGGUGAAGAUCCUGCUGCUCGGGGCCGGGGAGAGCGGAAAGUCCACAUUCCUCAAGCAGAUGCGCAUCAUCAACGGGCAAGAGUUCGACCAGAAAGCGCUGCUGGACUUCCGGGACACCAUCUAUGAGAAUAUCCUGAAGGGAAUGCGCGUGCUGGUGGACGCCCGCGACAAACUGGGCAUCAGCUGGCAGAGCUGCGAGAACGAGAAGCAAGGCAUGCUGGUGAUGUCGUGGGAGGGGCGUGUGGGCGCCUCGGGGGUGGAGCCCGGCGAGUUCCAGCUGUACGUGAUGGCGCUGAGCGCGCUGUGGGCCGACGCCGGCAUCGAGGAGGCCUACACACGGCGGGCCGAGUUCCAACUGAGUGAGUCGGUGAAAUACUUCCUGGAUAACUUGGACCGGAUUGGACAACCGAAGUAUAGCCCGAGCAAGCAGGACAUUCUGUUUGCGAGGAAGGCGACUAAAGGAAUCGUUGAGCACGACUUUAUCAUCAAGAAGAUUCCCUUCAAGAUGGUGGACGUCGGAGGGCAGAGGUCCCAGAGGCAGAAGUGGUUUCAGUGCUUUGACGGGAUCACAUCCAUACUCUUCAUGGUUUCGUCCUCCGAGUACGACCAGGUCUUGAUGGAGGAUCGCAGGACAAACCGCCUGGUGGAGAGCAUGAACAUCUUCGAGACGAUCGUCAACAACAAGCUCUUCCUCAACGUGUCCAUCAUCCUCUUCCUGAACAAAACCGACCUGCUGGUGGAGAAGAUUCGCACAGUGGACAUCCGCAAGAACUUCCCCGAGUUCAGAGGAGACAAUCGCAGGCUGGAGGACGUUCAGGCGUUCCUGGUGCAGUCAUUCAGCCGUAAAAGGAGGAACCGGGGGAAGCCGCUGUUCCACCACUUCACUACGGCGGUGGACACGGAAAACAUUCGCUUUGUCUUCCACGCCGUCAAGGACACCAUCCUGCAGGAAAACCUCAAAGACAUCAUGCUGCAGUGACCUUCACGCUGCAGACGACGGCUUCUCUGACUGUGAACUGUGAAGACGUGAAUCAGGCCUGAGUCUGACACGUGUGAACCUGUGGAGUUGAACCCUCGGUGAGGAUCCAACUGAACUCUGAACCUGUGGCUCCUGGCCGACCGUCGGCCCCCUGUGGAGAAACUGUGAGGGUCACAGAGACCCUUUGUGUAACCUGUACAAAUGUGUUGUAUCGCUGGAAAGACAGUCACCUUCUCCUACUCGUAGCACUCAAGUGCUCUUAAUAUACGUGUUGAGAAAUGUAUAGAAAAGAAGAGAGAAACCAGAGAAAAGCCCCGACUACAUGACCUGAGCACUGAAAGAGGGUUUUUUCUCUUAGAUGUAAAUAAUGACAAACACUGUCACUAAACCAAGUCGGAGUGACCGAGCUGUGGAAGCAACGAGCAGGAGUUCAUGAACCUGACGAGGAGGAAAGAAAGAAAGAAAGAACCUCAUGUACAUGUGACGGAGGGGAAGAGGGUUGGUGCUCGUCCCAGUCAUAUGCUGCGUUAUCUGAUCAGGCUGCACACGUGUUCCGGUCAAUGAUCUUUAACCGAGGGAAAGAAGUGAAUGUGUCUUGUGCUCUCGGUUCUCUCCUCGUCUCCCCACUCCGCUUCUCUCCUCUCUCCUCAUCCCUCCAUCACACCAGAGAUGAACAGCUGCAGAUAACGAGUUGCACCGCUCUUUUUUUUUUUUCUUUUCCUGUGCCUCUCCUCGUCUCUCUGGCACAAUGGUCAGAUUGUUCCUCUCCUCCCUCUCCAGCUGAAACAGUAGACGCUCAAAUUAGAGACUCGUCUUGGUUUAAAGAAACACACAAACACACACACACAAAAACACACACACACGAAUUACGGUUAAUCUCUAUCCUGAUGUCUUUCUCCUGUUUCCCACCAUCAUCCCAUUAUAUAAGUACCACCACAGCCGAGACUUGACCCCUGGGAGAUCGUUAGCAUCCCCCUUUUACGGGAAAAAAAAACAGCUUGUUGUGAGUCUUUUGUCCGGUAAACACAAAGGGAACAACACAAAACGACAGGAUUGAACUGUCCACGACUUUAUCCCCAUGUUUCUGGCACAGUUUGGGGCUUUUGGAUUCUCCCCCGACUGUGACUGUCGGGGGUGAGAAGUCUCAGAAACUCAGAAACACAUGGAGGUCGUCUCAUUUCUACAGAUGAUGAUACACAGUCAGAUCCUUUUUCUCUAUUAUCUGAUCCUUUCUGUAUCAGGGACACGUGAGUCAUAGCGCGUGAGCCCCCAAAAAGUGGUUACUAAUAUCUCAAAGUUAUUUAUCAAGCUGAAAUAUCAAUAACUAUCAUUUUGACCAUCAAUGAAUCAUAAGUCAUUACUCAGUGAAGGUUUGCAGGCCCCAGCCUCUCAUGCAUUCUUUUAGAUUCGUCCCUUUUGGCUCUUUCACUGUUUUCCCACAUUUUAAUGCUGCACUAGUGAAUAUAUGAAUUUGACCAAUGACCAAAUGAAGCACACAGUGUUGAUCCCACAGUCAUCCGACUCAUCAGAAGGCCCCUGAUUUAAAAACACUACCGCAAACUCACCGUACAACACAAACUAGCCGGUAGACGGAGGGGGGAGGAGUCAGAGCCUGACAUUUCCUUCAGGAGUGAGUGGAGACCCAAACAGAGGAAAAAGGAGAGCGAGAGUCACAUGACCGAGAACACGACUGUAAACGAUAUGUUAGUGAGUUUAUCCACUUCAAAAGUUCAGUGGUGUGUUCACAGCUUGUUGCGAUCCCCCCCCCCCCCCCCCCCCCCCGAGCGACAAAAACUUUAAAAGCAAGUCAUCGAAGAAGCCAGCAGAUUAACCACUAUUGAUAAUAAUCACUAUUUGCAGCCUUAGUUAUGCCUGUUGAUACGUUAGCAUUCGCUGGUAAUGCUAUGCUAUGGUUACUUGCAGUUUUACGAACCUUGUGCACUGAUUUUUUUACGAGAUAUUAACGAACCCCCUCAGCCAAUCAGAAGCCAAUGUUUUCCAGACCAUGUUAAAACUGCUCGAACCCCGAUUCUUUGGAUCCUCGAAAUAAGUUCCCGACUAAUGGAACGACUCAUGAGCACUUCCACGAGCCUUAUUCUUAUCAAACUGUAUCAAACUGUGUCAUGUGUCUGUUUUGUGUGUGUGUGUGUGUGUAUGUGUGUGAUCACGGGGACCUUUGGCCCCGUCGGAGCACGUUUUCACUUCCUGUACAUAGUAUUCUGUGAGUAUUUGCCUGACACUGUGUGUUAACCUUACAAUACAAGCACCACUCGGUCGAACAGUAUCACUGUCACUGUAAAACGUUGCUGUAAAAACGUGUGUCGUUAACUAACCUACCUUUUUUCCACUCACGCGCAACUUUUUGUUUUCGUUUUUUCGUAAGUGUCGUCAUUGCACUGGAUGUAUCCAAGAGAAUAAAGAAAGAAAGAAAAAAGAAACGGACCGGAGAGCAAGAAGGAAAGAAAACAAGAAGGAGGCCGAGAAACAAAUAAACAGACUUUGAAAGUGGAGCAGGAUGAAGAGGGGGGGGGGUUGUUUCCCACUGCCUUGGCUCUGUGCUCUGUGGUGAAAUACACUGCCUUUUGCUGA